AUGGAUGAGACUGUUGCCGAGUUUAUCAAGAGGAUUAUCUUGAAAAUCCCAAUGACAGAAAUGAUGACAAUCCUAAAGACAUGGGACUUUUUGUCUGAACAUCAACUGCAGACCAUAAACUUCCGGCAGCGAAAGGAAGCCCUCAUGCACAACUUGGUUCUAUUCUGUGAGGAGAAGUGUGCAAGUCUCAAUGACGCGGCCAGCUUAGACAUCAUUUAUACUCAAGUUUUUCGACACCAGAAACUUUGGGAUGUUUUUAAGAUGAGUAAAAAAACAGGUAGAGACCCUGACCCUUUUGAUGAGGACCACUUUAAACGUUCAUUUAUGAAGGUUCUUCGGAGAGCAUUACAAAAUGUGACAGUCAGCUUCAGAGAUGGUGAGGAGAAUGCGAUGUGGAUUCGAAUUGCCUGGGGAACACACAAUACGAAACCAAACCAGUACAAAGCUACUUACAUGGUAUAUUAUCCUCAGACUCCGUAUGUAUUCAUCUCGUUCUCCAGGCUGAAGAGGAAUUUACCCCUCCUGAGUCAGGCACUGGCUGUUGCCACGAAAUACCAUCAGAUUGAGAAAGUGGACUUGCGGAGCCGCUAUCUGGACUCGCUGAAGGCUAUUGUUUUUAAACAGUAUAAUCAGGUCUUUGAAACUCAUAAUUCGACUUCACCUCUACAGGAAAGAAGCCUGUGGCUCAAUACAAAUAUGGAUUUAAGGAUCAUUCAUGAAAACCAACUCGAAAAAGAAAGAGUCUUAAAAGUGACGCAAGAAACGUUUGGAGACUACCCUCAACCAAGACUAGAAUUUGCACAAUACCAGCUUGAGACCAAGUUCAAAAGUAACUUCGGUACAAGCAUCUUGGCUGACAGAGAAGAACCCCUUAGAUGCUUGAUAAAGUUCUCCAGUCCACACCUCAUGGAAGCCUUGAAAUCUUUAGCACCAGCUGGUAUUGCAGACGCACCACUUUCUCCAUUGCUCACUUGUAUUCCCAACAAGGGAAUGAAUUAUUUUAAAAUUAGAGAUAAAUGA